CGAUUAAUUAUACUCCAGGAAUGACUGCACACGUUAUGUGUUUAACUUCCUCGGGGGGAAUCCCCUUGUUCUCCAGGAAGAAGGGAGAGGGAAGUGCUAUGACCUUCUCGAAAAUGGCGUCGCUGAGUGGUAUCCACAUGUUCCUGAAGUCUCAGGAUAUAAAACUGAAAAACACAGAGAUGCCAGACACAACGGUCGUCUGGAAAGAAUUCGCAGAAUCCAUAACUCUGAUCGCAAUAGCCAGUGGCACGACGAAGCACGUCCUCGAGAAGUUCAUUGACACUGUUUUCAAUGCUAUGAUCCUAGUCGCUGGAAUCGAUGAGAUAAAAAACUCGAGGAGCAUCGAGAGGCUGAAGAAAGAGCUGAGGAACUGCAACAACAUUAUCGAUAAAUUAUUGGACUGCCUGGAUAUUGGUAACAGAAGCUGCAGUGAGAUUGACCUGGUGGCGAUGUCCAGCAGCAUUCUGUGUCCCGAGAAUCAUUUUCUUCACAGUAGUCUGGACUUGCUGAUGGAGUACCUGGACUCCUCUUAUGGCUGUAUUCUGAUCCAUGGGUGCAUGGCAGUGGGGACUGACAGUUGGUUACAACUGGAUCCCAUCGAGAAGAAAUUGCUGAUGAUGGCUGGCUCGAUGGACAGCAGCUGCUCCACCUGCGAUCUCCCAGUCUUUCUCCCAAAGAUGAGUCCUAAUGUGGCAUUUAGACUCAUAUCAGUGACUCUAAUAAAAGGAGUCCAGGUCCUGGCCCUCUGUGGCCCCCGUCCAGAUCUAAUAGAAGUGGAGAAAACGGUUGUCCAGCACUGGAGGAACAACGUCGAGACAUUGAGAGCUGCGGAGCAGUCCUAUCCCCAGUGUUUUCCAGCUGAUCUCUCUCUGGACCCAUCAAUCCUAGGAUUUCUCCUGGUGGACUGCAACAUCGGAAAAUUUGUGAUGGGGAGAAAUCCUAACAGUCAGUCCACGAAUCAACAAAUGGGCACUCAGAGAUUAGACAUCCUGAAGACAUUUUAUUACCAGGCUGUGGAACCAUUCCUGCUCCACCAAAAAGGCGAAUCAGUUGGUCAGAGAAAUCCAAGUGAUCGUCGAACAAUUCAAGCUAGAGAGACCUACUGGUGCUCAGAAUACCACAAGUGUCACGCACUCAGGGAAAGAGACAAUAUUCUCUGCAUCCUGUACCCUUACUCAAUUCCUAAUCAUACAAUAAGACUGAUAACUCGAAAAACACUGAAAAUACUCAUCUCCGACAAGCAAACCUGCUGGUAAAAUAAUUAUUCUCUGAACAUUACUGUUAAAUUAAAUUUCACUCUUAUGUCAUAUUUUUUAUAUGACAAUAAAAACGACCAUAAAAUGAAUCA